AUGUCUAAUCUUAUCAUUAUGUAUAUAACGAUAAAAAGUAGAGUUAAGCAUCCAGAUUUAGAAAAAGCUCUUAAUAUUUGGGUUAAUCAAGCGAUAGCAUCUGGUUUAUCAAUUUCAGAAAAUUUAUUAUGCGAAAAAGCUCGUUAUUAUGCGAUGGUUAUGAAUAUUUCUGUUAAAGAUAUGAAGUUUUCUAAUGGAUAG